CCGGUGUUGCUACAAUCGCUUUAGCCGGAGCUUAGCAGAAAGGUGUGAUUCGUGAUCUCGAUCAUUUAAAUGAUCCUAUCCUUAAGAUUGGUUUUGGAAGAUAUGUCAAACAUUCGAGAAUGGCGCUGUUGAUCUAGUUAGGUUUCUAAUUGUUGAGUGUGAAGUUCCGUUCUAAAAAUAUUCGUUUCGUUGGAAAAACCAACGCCGACGUCAAGAUCAGUCUCCUUUCCUUUCUCUUUUCGGGAGCAGAGCUGAAAAAGAUGGACAGUAACGAUCACGUAAUAUCAAUUUAUCGGCCUCGUCAUCGAAAGCGGCUUCCAAUUGCUCGGAAAUUCUCAGCUAUAUGGGGGACUUUGAUGGUGAGCAAAAAGAAUUGAUCAAGAAAUUGGUAAACUUUCGCAUGAUCGAUGGUAAAAGAACGAGAGUUCGUGCUAUUGUUUAUAAAACUUUUCACCGCCUAGCUCGAACUGAACGCGAUGUAAUAAAACUUAUGGUUGACGCCGUAGAUAAUAUAAAGCCAAUAUGCGAAGUGGUCAAAGUAGGAGUCGCAGGUACUAUUUAUGAUGUUCCUGGGAUUGUAGCCAGGGAUCGUCAACAAACCUUAGCUAUUCGUUGGAUCCUUGGAGCAGCUUUCAAACGACGUAUAAGCUACAGGAUAAGCUUAGAGAAAUGUUCAUUUGCUGAGAUACUGGAUGCUUACCGAAAGAGGGGAAUUUCACGUAAGAGAAGGGAGAAUCUUCAUGGACUGGCUUCCACCAAUCGGAGUUUCGCGCAUUUCAGAUGGUGGUAAAGUGAUACCACAUAA